AUGAAGGUAUCAGCCAUUGUGUUCGCCUCCCUUUCCACCAUCCUCCCCGCCCUAUCUCACCCACUGGAAGAGCGCGAUGGUGUCCAGACGGUCCACCUGACCUUCCACGGCGGCCCCGCGUCCUACGUGCUCAACAUACCCGCAGACGGACAGGUGUAUCCUACCAACAACGACAUCUCGGUGAACAUCAUCGACGCGCCCGAUUACAACGCCAUCUCGCAGUGCACGUUCUACACCGGCGGCGAGAAGGCGCUGGUGAGCGGCAUCACGCCGCAGGGCGUCCAGCAGGUCAUCAUCGGGCCGCCCCAGCCCGUCACCGGAGUCAGCUGCUUCGGGUUCUGCGUCCCGACGUACGGGGCGUGCUACGACACCAACGGGCAGAGCGUAGGGCCGUGUUGCAACGGCUUCUGUGCUGCGACGCGCUGCAGACCCUGGAUACAGCCGUACUAG